AUGACAAUGAACAACCAAACUGUCAUCUCCCAGUUCCUCCUCCUGGGCCUGCACAUCCCCCCAGAGCACCAGCACCUGUUCUAUGCCCUGUUCCUGGCCAUGUACCUCACCACUGUCCUGGGGAACCUCAUCAUCCUCAUCCUCAUUCUACUGGAUUCCCGACUUCACACGCCCAUGUACUUCUUUCUCAGCAACUUGUCCUUCUCUGACCUCUGCUUUUCCUCUGUCACAAUGCCCAAGUUGCUGCAGAACAUGCAGAGCCAAGAUCCAUCCAUCACUUAUGUGGGUUGUCUGACGCAAAUGUACUUUUUUAUGGUUUUUGGAGGUCUGGAAAUUUUCCUUCUUCUGGUCAUGGCCUAUGACCGUUAUGUAGCCAUUUGCUUACCUCUUCAAUACUCCAGCAUCAUGAGCCCCAGUCUCUGUGUUUGUCUGGUGUUGCUGUCCUGGGUAUUUAUCUUGCUGUAUUCCAUGCUGCACACCCUACUCUUGGCUAGAUUGUCAUUUUGCAAGGACAACGUGAUCCCCCUUUUCUGUGACAUAUCUGCCCUGCUUAAGUUGGCCUGCUCUGACAUUUAUAUUAAUGAAUUGAUGAUAUUUAUCUUGGGAGGGCUUGUUAGUGUCAUCCCAUUCCUACUCAUCAUUUUGUCCUAUAUUCAAAUUGUCUCUUCCAUCUUAAGGGUUUCUUCUACCAAGGUUAUUCACAAGGUCUUCUCCACCUGUGGCUCCCACCUGUCUGUGGUGUCACUGUUCUAUGGGACAAUUAUUAGUCUCUACAUAUGUCCAUCAACUAAUAACUCUACUGUGAAGGAGACUGUCAUGGCCAUGAUGUACACUGUGGUGACUCCCAUGCUGAACCCCUUCAUCUACAGCCUAAGGAACAGAGACAUGAAAGAGGCCCUGAUGAGAGUCCUUUGCAAGAAGAAAAUCUCUUUAUAA